AUGCAGGAGUCUCCGGGCGCCGCUGGCGUGGACGGGAUCUACGCCAGCAAUGUCCCUGCCUUCCUCACCAAGCUGUGGACUCUGGUGGAGGACCCAGACACCAACCAGCUCAUCUGCUGGAGCGCUACUGGAACAAGUUUCCACGUCUUUGACCAGGGCCGGUUUGCCAAAGAGGUUCUUCCCAAAUACUUUAAGCACAAUAACAUGGCCAGCUUCGUUCGACAGCUCAACAUGUACGGUUUCCGUAAGGUUGUGAACAUUGAGCAGAGUGGUCUGGUGAAGCCGGAGAGAGACGACACUGAGUUCCAACACCUGUACUUCCUCCAAGGCCAUGAGCACCUGCUGGAACACAUCAAGAGGAAGGUGUCCAUUGUGAAGAGUGAGGAGACCAAGGUGAGACAGGAGGACCUCAGCAAGCUGCUCUACGAGGUGCAGCUCCUGAGGACCCAGCAAGACAACAUGGAGUGUCAGAUGCAGGACAUGAAACAGCAGAAUGAGAUUUUAUGGCGAGAAGUUGUGUCACUGAGACAGAACCACACACAACAGCAGAAAGUCAUGAACAAGCUGAUUCAGUUUCUGUUCAGCCAGAUGCAACCCAACUCACCCAGCUCUGUGGGCCUGAAGAGAAAGCUGCCUCUGAUGUUAGAUGAGGGCUCUCCCAGUCCUCCUGCCUCUAAGUUCAGCCAUAGCCACACCCUGGAGAACCUACAGGAGCCAUUCUACAUACAGUCGCCAUCAAAUGAAGGGGCGUCUUGCUCUACGAGUGGGAUAACCGGGGGACCGAUCAUAUCAGAUGUCACUGACAUGUCCCAGCCAACCAGCAUGGACCUCCAGUUGCAGACGAAUGAGUCAAGGGACAAGUGCCUGAUGCUCAUCAAGGAGGAGCCAGUCAGUCCAGGAGUCAGAGGGGGGGGAGGAGGAGCCGUUGUGGGGGCAGAAGCCGGGCUGCUCCCCGCCUCCUGUGAGGUGUGCUCUGGGGAGCCCCCCGUCCUCCCCGUGGCCAUGGUCCAGUCCGUCCUGGAGGGGAGGGGCUCGGUGAGCUCGCUGGUGGAGAGGCGGAGCAAGAGAGGUGCCCUGGAGAGGGGGGAGGUGUCUGACACAGUGGAGAACGUGGACAUGAAUCUGGAGGACUUGCAGCAGCUCCUGCUUAGGAGCCACCAGCCAGGCCCCGUGGAGACCGGGACCACGACCGUCAUGGACCCCUUCAAUCUAAGCCUGCCUCUUACAGAGUGGAACUUCACUGAGAUGGAGUCCAACCUGAAAUCAUACAUGUUCCAGAACCAGGAAGCUGAAGCCUUUUCCACUAGUGGCUGUGAGGAGCAAUGACGGACCAACCACAGGCCAAAGAUUGACCGAGUAAGAAGUAGAAGCCAGUGUAAGAGUAGGGGUGAAGUCUCUAUCACCGCUCUCUAUCUUCUUCCUCUAUGAAGAACAUGUGAAUGUGAGUCUUUCUGUCCGCCAAACCAAAGAAGCUGCCAUCCCCCUACAUAUGCUGCCAUUCAUUCAUGCAAAACUCCCAGCAGUUUUAAUAGAAGACAAUGGAGCCUGGAGAAGUACAUUGGAAUCAUCUUGCAGUCAUCUUUUCAGACCCUCCUCUUCAUAUCUCCAAUUGACAAAAAAGAAAAAAUACUUCCAUACACCGACAGCUGUGUGGUGGACCCACAGCUCUGUGUGAGGACCCAUGCUGCUAGGAGAACCAGAUGAUCAGUUCAGGACAACACCGACAAGUCCCUGGGCCUCAGAGGCCACGGGACUUCUUUGAAACCGGAUGGAUUCUUCAUCACACCAUCACUGUUUCACCACAUGGGAAAUGAUAAGGGGCUGAUGUGCUGCAGUGCUUGCUCCAUGGCAAUGGCAGGGUACUUCCUCACAGCGAUGGGCAGUAUGUCAGUUAAUUGGUGGCGGUGGUGGCGGUGAUGGUAAACAAUGACAGUGUUUUUACUGAUGAGCACUAUGUGCAUGGUGACAACAACAGCAACUCAGCUCGCCAGGCGCAAUGAGGGCUUAUCAGCUGUUGAUCAGGGAUACUUCAGCAGGCGACCAGAAGGAGCCAAUCAUGGGAGCCACCAGUAACCCUUCCAGGUACUAGGGGACCCCGCCCACUGACAUUCAUAGACUAUGGUUGGUAAGGUUGUAACUCAAAGUGGUUAUUCCAACACCAACAUUGGGGGUGUUUAUAACCAGAUCCCAAUAACCACACAGAUUACUGGAGAAUGUAACAGAAGAAAUAAUACUUGGUUUGUAUGCACUUUAGUCAUUGUGUGUUAGUGUGAGUGUUCUUGCUUAUGGAGGUGACGUUUGGAGAUGAAUAUUUGGAGGUGGAUAUUUGGUAACACUUUAUGAUAACGUUUGGUCUUAUUGUGCGUUCACACCAGAAGCGAAUAUUUGCAAUGGGCCGUGUGUUUGCGCAAGCAAACAAACUUUACUAAACUUUACACCAACGUUUUUUUCCAACCAUUCAUUCUAAAUAAUGGUUGGGAUAACCGCCAGCACGAGUCUUUUCUUGUUUUGGAAGUACCAGACUUGCAUUGACUUUGUAUUGAUUAUCGCCGUGCCUUCGUUCGCAGUGUGAACACACAAUAAAGUAAUUUAGAAACCUUUAGUUAAUGGUUAACCAAACAUUAAUAAACAUUUGUAGAUUAUUAAUAAGUGCUAUGGAUAUCAACAGUCUACCAGCCUACUGUUGAUCUAUCCAUCAUACAUCUGGGCGGACACACUUUUUAUCACUAGAGGGUCAAUUUAGAAUACAUGGUUUGUAAUGUCAAAACAA